CCCUGGGGCAGUCGCGCAUCGUCCCCGAACCCACUGGAGGCAGAACUUUCGGGGACAACUUUUACCCAGUUUGCUCCCCCUUUUUGCCAAACCCUAAAAUGAAAGGACAAAAGUUGGCGCUGACUCUUGGAGCUCGGAUGGCGACUUGUGCGUUUUCAGCGGCAUCUCCCGGAGAAAAACCCAUGCGCGCCUGAUUGUUCUGUGGCCCCCAAGCUGCAGUGCGUGUGGGUGUGUGUGUGUUUGGGUGUGUGUCUGUGUGUGUACACAGACGUCCACACACUCACUCGCGGCCGCAGGAUCAGCGCCUGGAAGCAGACGUUUCGGCCACAGACUUGGAGAGGAGGAGCUGGAGAUCAGGAGGCGUGAGCCGCCAGGAGUCUGCAGAAUCCGUGGUGUGAAUGAACUGGGGGCACCUGGGCGCACGGAUCGCCUCCCCCACCCCCCGCCCCGGGCCAGAGUUGAGUUGUGGGGCAUUUUUUUCACCCUCUUGUGAAGAAUUUUUUUUUUUAUUUGUUGUAAAGUCUUUUGCACAAUCACGCCCACAUUUGGGGUUGGAAAGCCCUAAUUACCGCCGUCGCUGAUGGACGUUGGAGAGGGAGCGCCUCGCCGCGGAACAGUCGCCUGCGCGCCCUCGCCGGACCCGCGGCUCCCUUGUUGCGCGCUGGCCGGGCCCUGUUCCUGCUGCCGGCAGGCGGACUUCGGCGCCCCUCGGUUCACGGACGCAUCCCAGCGCUGCUCCGGCUCAGGCACCCAGACUCCGACGCCAGUGACUGCUUGGGCUCCAAUUCCCUGAGCCUGCCCGACGCGUCCUGGAGGAGCACGCAGCUCUGCGCCGGAUCGUCCCUCCAGGCUUAACCCGGCCGCUCCGCUCAGAUUCUUCGGCUGCCCUCGCUCUUGCGGUGACUUCCUCCCCGCGCCCCCUCCCCCUCGCAAUGAAGAAGUCGAUUGGAAUAUUAAGCCCAGGAGUUGCUUUGGGGACGGCUGGAAGGGCAAUGUCUUCCAAGUUCUUCCUAAUGGCUUUGGCCAUAUUUAUCUCCUUCGCCCAGGUCGUAAUAGAAGGCAAUUCUUGGUGGUCGCUAGGUAUGAAUAACCCUGUUCAGAUGUCAGAAGUAUAUAUCAUAGGAGCACAGCCUCUGUGCAGCCAACUGGCAGGACUUUCUCAAGGACAGAAGAAACUAUGCCACUUGUAUCAGGACCACAUGCAGUACAUCGGAGAGGGCGCGAAGACAGGCAUCAAAGAAUGCCAGUAUCAGUUCCGACACCGGAGGUGGAACUGCAGCACCGUGGAUAACACCUCAGUCUUCGGCAGGGUCAUGCAGAUAGGCAGCCGCGAGACGGCCUUCACGUACGCGGUGAGCGCCGCGGGGGUGGUCAACGCCAUGAGCCGCGCCUGCCGCGAGGGCGAGCUGUCCACCUGUGGCUGCAGCCGCGCCGCGCGCCCCAAGGACCUGCCACGGGACUGGCUGUGGGGCGGCUGCGGCGACAACAUCGACUACGGCUACCGCUUCGCCAAGGAGUUCGUGGACGCGCGCGAGCGGGAGCGCAUCCACGCCAAGGGCUCCUAUGAGAGCGCGCGCAUCCUCAUGAACCUGCACAACAACGAGGCCGGCCGCAGGACGGUGUACAACCUGGCGGACGUGGCCUGCAAGUGCCACGGGGUGUCAGGCUCGUGCAGCCUCAAGACGUGCUGGCUGCAGUUGGCCGAUUUCCGCAAGGUGGGCGACGCCCUGAAGGAGAAGUACGACAGCGCAGCGGCCAUGAGGCUCAACAGCCGGGGCAAGCUGGUGCAGGUCAACAGCCGCUUCAACUCGCCCACCACGCAGGACCUGGUCUACAUCGACCCCAGCCCCGACUACUGCGUGCGCAACGAGAGCACCGGCUCGCUGGGCACACAGGGCCGCCUGUGCAACAAGACAUCCGAGGGCAUGGACGGCUGCGAGCUCAUGUGCUGCGGCCGCGGCUACGACCAGUUUAAGACGGUGCAGACCGAGCGCUGCCACUGCAAGUUCCACUGGUGCUGCUACGUCAAGUGCAAGAAGUGCACGGAGAUCGUGGACCAGUUUGUGUGCAAGUAGUGGGCAUCCCGCCUGCCCGCCUGUCACCCAGCCCCACUCCCAGGACCCACUUAUUUAUAGAAAGUACAGUGAUUCUGUUGUUGUUGUUGUCUUUAAUACUGUUUUAUUUUUUGUCCCCAAGAAUUGCAACCGGAACCAUUUUUUUUUCUGUUCCCAUCUGAGAACUCUGUGGUUUAUUAUUAAUAUUAUAACUAUUAUUUGGCAAAAAGGGGGGGGUGGGAACCAAGAAAAUAUUUAUUUUGUGGAUCAUUGAAAAGGUAAGACAAGACUUCUUUUGCUGGUAUAUAGGAUGAGGGGGGAAUAACGCACACCUUAAGUUAGAUGUGUGCACAUCUGGAAGGUCAAGGAAACACUGUUUUCUUUGUCUCAACUAUGGGGUCAUAUGGGACAGGUAGCAUCCAGCUGCAAGAGGGUGGUCCAGAUCUAUGCAUGAUUUAGCUCCUGUGACUAAAAGGAAUUCAGUGCUCUGGUGAAAGUUGAAAGGUCUUGAGAAAAAAACAAAACAAUGAGACACCACCACCCCCCCCGCCCCUUUCCCAGGGGCUGCCAGCCUGAAACAUUUCCAAAAUGGUAUUUAAAGUCUAAGAGCAAAAAUCUCAUAUCCCUUAAAGAAAAAAGGUUUAUCACGUGUUGCACUGUUCUCAAACAUUCCAUCUACAGAUGGUCCAUUCUACUAGCUACUGAAACUUGGGGAGCAGGGAGGGAAGCCCCAGAAAUUAAAAAAAAGAGAAAACUUAAAAACUCCUUAUAUUAAGUCAUUGAUUUGAUGCUGUUGUGGGAAUUAGGUUAUCCACUUGGGAAAGGAUCCCCGAGUGAUUCUGGGUACUAGACUUUUUGUUUGGAGAAGGGCAAGGGAGGUUGGCUUGACUGUAAAGGAAAAUAUACUGUAAUUUUCUUAGGGAUACUUGGUUAAUAAAUGAUAACAAUGAAAAUAAUAAAUAAAUGCCAUUCACAGAUCCUCAGCCCGAGCUACAAGGUAAUUGCGUGCAGGUCAGCACUGCACCAGAGCAGAAAACUUACUUGAGGGGAAAAAGUGACAUCUGCCCUCCCUACUUGACCCUGAGCCCUCUCCGAUUCCUCCAUGCCUUGCUGCGCUGUGAUGCCGGCCACGUUUCCAAACGGCAGCUCCACUGGGUGCCCUCUGAUAGUAGGACAGGAAAUGAAACAUUAGGAGCUCUGCUUUGGAAACGGUUUGCUACUUAGGGAUUUUGUUUUUCCCCUAUAACUUUUAUUUUGAGGAGCAGUAGUUUUCUAUGUUUUAAUGACAUUACUUGGCAAGUGGACUUCACAGAGGUGUGGCAGCGUUUCCCUGUUAUGAUCCUGUGUUCAGACUCUCCACUCACGCUUUCCUGUUACCCUGCAGGUGUACCCCAGAACUGUUCCUAGUGGACUUGAACAGUUGCAUUUAUAAGGGGGGAAGUGUGGUUUAAUGGUGCCUGAUAUCUCAGUCUCUUGUACAUAACAUACAUAUAUAUAUAUAUACAUAUAUAUAUAUAAAUAUAAUUAUAUCUCAGUGCAGCCAGUGGUUUAGAUUUACACUUUACUCGGGUUAUUUUUCGGUCUAGAGCCUUGUUGUCCUCCAUUGCAAUCCAACUGGGAUUUUUCCAGAUGGUUUCUGAGUUGAGCUGGGGCUGUGGCCUUGAUGCCGUCACACCCUGAGCAUCACGAAGCAGCCUUGUUUCUGAGGAAUCCAGAAGAUCUUACUCACGUGCAUUGUUGGUUUGAAGAUUUCUUUUAUCUUCCCUGCCCCAUCCUCCUUUUCUGUACCCUUUCUGGAGAGGGCAUUACGUAUUCAUCACAGACGUGGGAAUGAAGAGAUAUUCAACACUCGGAAGCAUUGUCAGCAUUUCUCUUUCCUUCAUGCAUUUUGCAGAGUGGAAACUGGUGCCCAUUAGACCUGAUAGUACCUAUUUGAGUCCCUAAGGAAAAUCCAGCUCACAACACAUAUAGCUAGUUUAAACAUUUUUUUAAACCAGGACACCUCUUUCCAAAGAGUGCCGUCAAGUGUGUUCUUAUCUCAGACUUCUGUUGUUUUAAAAGUUUGGAAAGAUACACAUCUCCUGCAGCCCUCGUGGGAAUGGGUGGCCCUCAGAUCACCUCCGCCACCUGUGGCUCUUAUUGCACAAGGAUAUUCACUCCCCUGCAGUUGCAGUGAAUUGCAAGCAAAAGAUCUUGAAAGUAAGAAGCACUAAUUAGUUUAAAAUGUCACUUUUUUGGUUUUUAUUAUACAAAAACCAUGAAGUAAUUUCUUUUUAUUUGCUAAGCCAGAUUUUGUUCCUUUUUAGUGAUUCAUGUUUAUGAAGAGAGUUGAGUUUAACAAUCCUAGUUUUUAAAAGAAACUAUUUAAUGUAAAAUAUUCUACUUGUCAUUCAGAUAUUAUGUAUAUCUUCUAUGGCCUUUAUACUUUUACUGUACAUAUUUCUGUCUCGCGUGAUUUGUAUAUUUCACUGGUUCAAAAAACAAACAUCGAAAGGCUUAUGCCAAAUGGAAGAUAGAAUAUAAAAUAAAACGUUACUUGGAUAUUGGUAAGUGGUUUCAAUUGUCCUUCAGAUACUUCAUGUGGAGAGUUUUUGAGAAAACAUGAGGGAUAGUUUAGGAGUGACUACAUGUCAGAAUAAUAGAAGAGUGGAGAAUUUUACCAAAACCAAACUAUUUGGGAGCUUCAAAAGAUUUCUAUAUGUAACGGAACAAAAGGGGAAUUCUCUUUUCCUAUAUAUGUUCCUCAAAAAGAGAAAUCAAGCAGAUGGCUUAAAGCUGGUUAUAGGAUUGCUCACAUUCUUUGAGCAUUAUGCAUCUAACUUAAUUGUUUUAGAGCGUGUUGGUGUUGUAACAUCUCAGAGAAGAACUGAAAAGGCACAUGCUUUUAUCCAUGACCAGAAUUUUAGUCCAAAAAAAAGUGUAUUUGUGUUCACCACUGCAGCUAGCGCGCUGCUCUGUUUGAAGUUACUGUGUGGAUGGAGUGUCUCUUUGCCCCUUGGAAAGCAGUUUUAUGAAAAGCAAGCCUCAAUCUGCAGAGAAUGAAGGAAACUGAAGGUUCGUUGUGUUAAGUGCAAUUAAUACAAGCCCUCGUGCUUCUCGAAAACGCGCAGUGAAGCCUGGCCCGCGACGCACAGAUUGAUACGUUAGCCCUUUGCUUUUUUUCUUUCCGGAUAACCUUGUAACAUAUUGAAACCUUUUAAGGAUGCCAAGAAUGCAUUAUUCCACAAAAAAACAGUAGACCAACAUAUAGAGUGUUUAAAAUAGCAUUUCUGGGCAAAUUCAAACGCUUGUGGUUCUAGGACUCACAUCUGUUUCAGUUUUUCCUCAGUUGUAUAUUGACCAGUGUUCUUUAUUGCAAAAACAUAUACUCGAUUUAGGAGCGUCAGCAUGUUUUUUUUUCUUCUCAUCCU